UUUUCAUCCGUCUACGAUCCUCUCAACUUCAACCACUGCCCUUUCUAACUAAUAUACUCAAUCAAGUAAAGCUGCAUUAUUAUUAAACUGGAAUUUUUGAGAUACGGGCUACUUAGCUACGCGUGCAAGAUGUCAGCGAUAUCGUUGUCAACGAAAACUUCGGUCAAUUCAACUAGCAGCAUUACUUCUCUCAACUCUGGGCGGGAGCAGUUUGUCAUGAAGAAAUCCUACAGCAUUGAGAAUGGAUACGCCGGGCGACGCCGUUCGUUAGUAGACGACGCCCGUUUUGAAUCGAAAGUGAAUCGGGAGAACCGAGAAAGCUUGCUUCACGAAAACUCGUUGUCUCGAGAAAAUUCGCUGUCAGGAGAAGAGGUUUUUCUACCCGAAGAUUCUCUUACUGUUGGAGAAAACGGCCGACUUUUGGUAGCAUUAAUCAUUCGUAUGAGAGAAGAGAUGGUAUCGCUUUCUCGGACGCUAAAAACCAUUCAGAAUUGCAAGGGAACGCUACUGCAUGUUGAAUCGCGUCCAUCGCAGAAUCUAGACGAGUCUCAGUUCGAAGUGAUUUUGAAGCUGGAUAUCGCUCGGGAGAAUUUGGUGUCACUGCUCAAGUUAUUGAAGCAAAGCACUUCUCUAAGUCGCGUAACUGUCGCUAGUGCAACCAACUUCGUCGCAGAAAUACCAGAAAUAUGGUUUCCAAAACAUGUUUCCGAACUGGAUUUGUGCAACCAUUUGGUGACGCGCUAUGAGCCAGAUCUAGACCAAGGCCAUCCUGGAUUUACAGACGUAGUUUAUCGGAAGCGUAGACAAGAGAUAGCCGAUAUUGCGUUCAAUUACAAACACGGCGAACCGAUUCCGCGUAUCAAAUAUUCUGUCGAAGAUAAAAAUACUUGGAAAGCCGUCUACACGGAACUGAUGUCUCUUUUGCCUAAACACGCUUGUCGCCAACAUCUGGAAGCUUUUGCUUUAUUGGAAAAGGAGUGUGGCUACGCUCCAGACAACAUUCCGCAACUAGAGGACAUAUCUCAUUUUCUUAAAAGAAGGACAGGCUUUUCUCUUCGUCCUGCAGCUGGCUUGUUGACAGCUCGUGAUUUUCUCGCAAGCUUGGCUUAUCGGGUUUUCCAGUGCACUCAGUACAUUCGCCAUUCUUCCUCUCCUUAUCAUUCUCCGGAACCCGACGCCAUUCAUGAGCUGCUGGGACACGUUCCCAUUUUGGCUGACCGAAAUUUCGCUCAGUUCUCUCAAGAAUUGGGUUUAGCCUCAUUGGGAGCAAGCGACAGUGACAUUGAAAAGUUUUCGACGAUGUAUUGGUUCACGGUCGAGUUUGGACUGUGUAAACAAAAAGGGGAACUGAAGGCAUACGGAGCUGGCUUGCUGUCAAGUUACGGAGAACUCCAGCACGCUUUAUCUGGCAAACCUUGUUUGUUGCCCUUUGAUCCAAUCGUUUGCGCCGUUCAGCCAUAUCAGGAUCUGGAUUACCAAGAUGUUUAUUUCGUGUCCGAAAGUCUAGAAGAUGCCCUUCAAAAAUUCCGUUCUUGGGUAGCUGAGAGUAUUCGAAGACCUUAUGAAGUUUGCUACAAUCCUUUUACGCAAUCAGCAGAAAUCGUUGACUCAAUCACUGGUCUAGCCAACGUUACUAAACAAGUUCAAACUGAUUUAUCCCACAUCUGCACAGCCCUACAUAAAAUGAAGUAAUAAAAUCACUUUCGUUUUCUGGCAUAAUUAUUUCGCAUAAAAGGAAAUGAGAUGUUUCGUGUCGAACCUAGUCAAUGACAUUACGUUACGCUAUCAUUACGUGUAAUCGGUUAAAUGUCCUAUUUCAAAUUUAUUCGGUAGUCUCUAAAGUUGUCGUUUCUAGAAUUAAUAGGAGCGUCUCAAAAAUUGCAUGCUUCACUGUUGACAUUAUAUUUUUGUUCGUGGCUACAUUUAAUAGGCUAAAAUCGGCUAAAAUCGGCUAAAAUAUGUGUUAUUCUGGAAUUGGAUUUCCUCUAUGUCCUGAACUUGCUGUUUAAUGUAUUUAUCUUAAUGUUAUCCUCCGAUUCACGAAAAUAUACGCCUCUAUGUUA